UUAGGUUGCCAUGGAACUAUUUGCAUCACACGAGGAAGUAGUCAAGUUUUAGUUUAUUAAUCUAGCUCGUUAAAUGUUUUUAGCUAUCGUUACGUGUUAAGUUGUUGUUUAUUUUUCGCUCAAUGUAAUGUUUUCCGUGAAGUAUGAAGACUUAUGAGCAAAAAAGGAAAUACUAAUGUCACAGAUACCUAACCAUUGCUAAAAACCUGAAGCCACUGUGUUUUGGUAUAUCCAAGUUCCACCAUGCAGUCGGACGCGGACAGUGGACUGGGAGACCUGGAGGCCCAGCUGGUCAGGAAAGAGAUGGAGUGGAAGGAGCUCCAGGCUGCGAUGUUUCAUCAACUGGAGACUUCCCUCAAAACGGCCCAGGAGGAGUGCUUAUCCCUCAGAGAACGUUACCAGCAACUGAAGGAAGAUUUCCAGUUCAACCUUGCCAUCCUGGAUGAACAAGACAGAGAGCUGGAGAGAUAUGAUGCCCUAACUUCAAGCACUCUGACCGAGGAGAAAAAACGGCAGGAGGAGCUGAACCACUUCCGUAUGCAGGUCGCUGGGCUGGAGGAUCAUAGAACCAGAGCGGCUGAGGAGAGGCAGGAAGAGCUCAGGGAAAGCCGGCACAAUGCUGGCCAGCAAAGGUUACAGCUGGAUGAGCUCAAGUGUUCUAUGGCUACUAAAAUCCAAAAGCAAACAGAGGAAUAUGAAAGGAUGAAAUGGGAUUCACAGUGCAGGAUCCAAGACUUGGCAGGAGAGCUGACCUUACAGAGACAGGAGACGACAGCAGCUUCUGAAGCUGAGCUCAGACAGCGGGAACAUGAGUUCAAAUUGAAAAUGGAUGAGAUGCGCGCUGUGGUGCUGUCUUGUGAUCUCAAGGUGAAGCUGCUGUCCAAAGAGACAGAAGUUCAGUGCCAGGCUCACGCUGAGUCCAAAGAGGCUCUGCAAGCCUCCCAGGUGUUCUGUGAGCAGCUCCGAAGCCAGCUGCUACACAGAGACCAUGAGAUCAGAGACCUCACUGCUGCUAAGGAUUGCAGGAUAAAGGAGCUUGAGGACAAGCUGAAAAGGAUGGAGACCAAAUUGAGGAAAGAAGAGAGUAACCACAUUAAGAAAUGUGAGGAUGUGAUCUGGGCUCUGAAGGAGUGCGCUCUGCAGCUGGAGGCUCAGUAUCAGGCCCACACAGAGAAGCUGCAGGAGAUGGAGAAACGCGUUGUUAAACUACAUGAGAAUGUGGAGGUUCUGGCUGCACGGGUACGCUGCAAACUGAAGGACCAACAGGGUGCCAUGGAUCUGAAAGAUGAGACCAUCCAGAGGCUUCACACAGAGGUUGAUGGAACCAGGACUGGCUGGGACAGGCACAUUGGUCAAUUCUCUAGUGAGAUGGUUGUCAAGGAUACAGAGAUAAUUUCCCUGCAGGAGAGAGCAACCAAAUGUAGGACUGAGCUGGAAAGGAGCAGGGAGGAUAUUGAAAGGUACAAGCAGCAGCUGGGUGCUGGUUUGCAGAGAGAGAAGGCGCUAGAACAGAUGAAAGUCCUGGUUGAGCUGGAGUGGCAGAAACGCUGUGAGGAUAUGAAGGCCCAUCACUACCUUGCUAAUGAACAGCUAAUACAAGAGCUGACCCAGGCUAGAGACCAGGCUAAAGCAGAUCUACAUGAGAAAGAACAAGAUCUGCAGGACUUGAGUGUCUUACUAGGUUGUGUAAAAACAGAGAGAGACCAGGCACUGCAGGUGAGAAUAUCCUCCCCCUUAACACUUUCAUGAUGAAUAAUAGAACAUUACUCACACAUUAUCCAAAGCAAAAACCCCCCAGGGCUGGCCAGAUGAACACAUCAGUCUACUGAUCAUGAAUCCUUAAUCUGGCGUUUAACACGGGCACAUCACCUGAUCAAGACCCCAAUCCAUUUGG